CAUGCAGUCAGCUGUGCGUGUCAAAUUUGACAGUCCACGUGCAGUAGAUCAGUUGUUUAUUAUUUUUAAUAUUCUUGUGUUUUUUACAGUUACGGCUCGAUAAAAAAGCAAAAUAGUGAGUUUUGGAUAAAUUGGGUUUUAUUAACGUUCACAUGAUGCCAAAAUUUUUUGUGCCUACAUCGUGGGAGAAUCUCGCAGAUGCGAUGAAGUUCCGCUCUAAGGUUUCAUUGAAUGGAGUCAAGGAUGCAGUCGGUGACGGUUCGCCGGUACAGACUAAUUUACACAAGAAGUUAAAACGGGUAAAUGGUAAUCUUAUCACAAGCUCUAAAGCAGGCAGUUUCGACAAGGCGAAAGGUAAAAGACAUUUAUGCAAACCUGAAAAGGUGCAAAAUGGUCGGAUUACGAAGCCAAAUUCCGUUAAAAAUCUAAAACAUUCUAAAGUUAAGAUAACGCCGGCACCUUCAUUAGCAUUACCAGUUUCAUCAACAUCAGCCACCAAAAUAAAAUCUACCGUAACGGCUAAGCGGAGGAAGCGCAAACACCAGUCAGAAACUAGGGAAAAGAAGGCUCUGCAAGUAUCAGUGGCGAAAAGCUCAUCGUCUUUGGAAGCCAGUAAUAGUGAAAAUGAAAAAGUGGCACUUGCGAGUUUGCAUGAUAUUGGCUUAAAAGUGUUCGAAAAUUCACUGAAACAACAAUUGUUGGGUGGCCGUUUUCGCUAUAUAAACGAACAGUUAUACACCAUGGAUAGUGCAAAAGCGGAAGAGUUUUUUAAAUCAGAUGUUGAUGCAUUCGAUGCCUACCACACCGGCUACCAAUUGCAAGUUGAAAAGUGGCCAAUGAAUCCACUCGAUCGUAUAAUAAAAGUGAUAAAACGAUUACCUAAAGCUUUGGAAAUAGUAGAUUUUGGAUGUGGGGAAGGCCGUUUGGCUAAAUCGGUUCCUAACAAAGUGUACUCUAUGGAUUUGGUGAGCACGCGUGACGACAUCAUAGCUUGUGAUAUGGCGCAUACGCCGCUCAGCAAUCAGUCUGUAGAUAUAGCCGUAUAUUGUCUCUCAUUGAUGGGCACUAAUCUAAAGGACUAUUUGUUAGAAGCGAACCGUGUAUUAAGGCCUAAUGGACUUGUAAUAAUCGCCGAGAUACAGUCACGCUUCGAUGAUUUGCGGCAAUUUAUCCGUGGUUUGUUGGCUUGUGGCUUUGAAUUGGUCAAAAAGGACAUUAACGAGAAGCUAUUUUACUUUUUUCAAUUCAAAAAGGUACGAAACGUGGGCAAAGUCGCUUUGAUACCUCAAUUUUCGCUUAAGCCAUGCUUAUAUCGCAAGCGUUGAUGCAAUUGGAUUUGAUCAAAAGCUGUUGCCAGUUUAAUGAAAUUGUUGAAAAUGUAUACUCCAAAUUAUACGCAUAGUGCAGUAAAUUAAUGAAUAUGUUAAAUAAAUUAUAACUGCAUUUAAAUGUUA